CCUCCCUUCCCGCCAUUCCCCACGGCGGGGAAAAGAUGGCGGCCGCCAUGGCGGCGGGGCUGGGCCGCAGGGCCCCGCGGCUCUGCUGGAAGGCUGCGGAGUCGCUGCUCCGUCCCGGAGCGGCCCUGCCCGGUGUCGUUGUGCCGGUGAGGGGCAGGAGGAAGCGCCCGCCGGUGCCCGAGUGGGCUCGGGAGCUGAGCCCUGAGGAGAGGGAGAGGCGGCUCAAAUCCGCGGCGCCCAUCUUCCCCGACGAGCGCAUAGAGCGCACCUUCUUCUUGGCUUGCACUGCUGAAAUCAUCGAUCCCUACGUUCCUCCCGAGGGCGAUGCCCGCAUGACCUCGCUGUCCAAGGACGGUGUGAAGCAGCAGGUGCAGAAGCUGAGGCAGACAGCGGCGUCCCAGCUGGCCCUGCGAAAGAUCAAGGAUCACAUCCCAGAUUUCAGCACCAAAACUUUCCCUGAGAAAGCCCAGGAGAUAUUUAUUGAGGCCCACAACUCCCUGGCAAACUUUAACAAGCAGAAGCUUCACUCCCUGGUGACCGAGCGCUGCUACCCCGACAUGGUGCGUGGCAACAGGUACAAAACCAUCCGCUGGAGGUUUGUGGAGUCCCUGGAGCCCCCCAGGGUGGUGCACGUGCGCUGUGAGAGCAUCAUGAACCGCGGCAACCUCUACGGGCAGGUGACAGUGAGGAUGCACAGCCGCCAGAUUUUGGCCAUCUAUGACCGCUUUGGGCGGCUCAUGUAUGGAGGGGAGGAGAUUCCCAAGGAUGUUCUGGAAUAUGUUGUGUUUGAGAGGUACCUGGUGAACCCCUAUGGAACGUGGAGGAUGCACGGGAAAAUCGUCCCAGAUUGGGCUCCACCCAAGGAUCCCAUCAUUAAGACCGUGAUGAUUCCCGGCCCGGCCCCGGAUCCUUCGGAGCAGCGUGAAAAAGUGAAGUAGAAAGUUCUGGAACGUGGACAGGGACAGCAAACAGGCUGGGAUGGAAGGACUGGCAAUGUCUUGGAUGUGGCUGUGCAAAUUUGGGAGCAAAUUUGGGGGAAUGGGCUCCAGCCACUCCAAAUUUCAGGGAGCUCUGGAAGAGUUUGGCUCUGUCCUGGAAUUCCAUGGGAGAACCUUUGGAAUAUUUGUCACCUCCCUGGGAGGUGGCACAGACCUGCUGGUCAGUCAUUAAAUCUUCACCAGUGGCUUUUA